AUGUGUCUGACUUCUACCACCUCCACUCGCAUCAUAUAUAACAACGAUGGCAGUGGUUUCGACAGCCGUAACGCACCGGACUCAUUUCAACUCUCAAAGGCGCACGCAAUGGGCGAGCUAAACGCAGCACAGUUUUUGGCGCAAGUAGCCCAGGCCACAAAUGGCGAUAUUUAUUACACUACGGAUUUCAAAGCUGCUCAGUCAGGCGUUUCAGUAGCCCUGCAAGACUUACAGGCUAAGUAUGACCACAGCACGGGAACUGUAACGCAGUUGGUGAAUAGUACAGAUCCAUUCGCCACAGUGGUGGAAAACAGCAGUGGAAACACCGUGACCAACGUUUUCACCGAUGAAACGACGCUGGUCCGUGGUCUACCCCAUCUGUACUCUUUGCAGCGUUUGCCCGUGGUGGUAACCGUGGAAUUGCGUUCUCAUGAGUACGCAACCAUACCUUUGGUUAAAGAUUUGGCACAUGCAACACUUGUGUCUACUUCGAGUGCAGUGGUGGCUAGACACGCCGUAGCUGCGGUGCAGAGCGCUACAGCUAAGCAACAAGCUGUAUUCCACUUUGUGGAGUCUCAGGCGUUGUCGGGAUCAGUUGAAGCCAUUGCUGCAUCCGCUGAAGUAGACAACGAAAAAGAUGCAGUUGAAGAGUUGCCUAGAUUUGCAUACCAUAGCUCUGCCAGGAAGCCAUCGGUCUUGAUUGUCAACCUCUCUCCAUACGCACAGGCGUUCGCUGAUGCCCUACCUGCUGAUGCAGCUUUCCUCGAUGUGCACGUAUACAGACCAUGGUCUUUCGAACAAUUCUUCGAACAAGUCCCAGAGUCGGUGCGUAAGAUAGUCAUUGUGCAGCGUACGAACGGCGCAUUCGCGACCAAUGGGUUCGAACCUAUUUUGCUAGACUUCUUUGCAGACUUUAACACGCUGGUCGAAAGAGGCGUAGAUCAACUACUAGUGACCAACGUUGGUGAGCUACACGAUAUGUCUGUCGCAACUGCAAUCCAGAAAAUCGUUACUAAUGCACUUGCUGAAACACCUAAUAACACAUUAUUUAUUGGAAAAGCGUCCGAGACGGCGGCCACUGAACAGGCUAUCCAACUUCAAUCCUCUAUUAAGGGCGUUUUCUCUUUGGAGGAUGCUUAUUUAAAGGUUCUUCGGCAGUUAUUUGCCUCGAACCUCCAGAUUUUGAAUCAGUAUCAUCAUCCAGAUGUCAAUGCCACUAGCCCCGAAUACGGGUUCGGGUUGGCCUCCAAACAGGACAGCGAGAGACAGCGUCUGCGCGAUUUGGUUUCUGCUUCCCUGGAUGCUAGCGCUUAUCAGUCACCCGAAGGUGCUCGUAUUGUGGAGCUUUUGUCUAAAUGGCUUCGCUUGAGUGAAAAUCAACAGAUUGGAACCUCUCUGGAAGAUGCCAACCGCACCGCUACCGAGGUAUUUGAAAUUUUGGAGCAGAACCAGGAUUCUAGUGUAGCUUUGAAACUUUUGAAAGCUGCUCCAACCGUGGAAAGCUUUAAAUUCGCCUCGAAAUGGCUCAUUGGAUCCGACGCCUGGUCUUAUGACUUAGGUAACUCGGGUGUCCACCACGUUCUCUCUUCUCAACAGGACAUCAACAUGCUCAUUAUCGAUUCGGAGCCGUAUGAAAAUGUCAAGAACUCCAAAUCUAAGCUCAGGAAGAAAGAUGUUGGCCUUUACGCUUUGAAUUUCGGAAACGCUUACGUUGCAUCGGUGGCUGUAUACUCUUCUUACACGCAGUUGCUAACGGCUUUAAUUGAAGCCUCCAAAUUCGCGGGCCCCUCUAUCGUUUUAGCAUAUUUGCCAUACUCGUCCGAGCGCGACACUCCUUUAGACAUAUUGAAGCAGACCAAGAAUGGUGUGGAGUCUGGUUACUGGCCACUCUACCGCUACAAUCCCAGAGAGGAAAAUCCAGAUGAAGCUUUCAAAUUGGAGUCUUCAGUUAUUCGCAGACAGCUUCAAGAAUUUUUGGACAGAGAGAACAAGUUAAGUCUCCUAACUCGGAAAAGCCCCGAGCUCGCUAGAAAUUUGAAACAUGGUGCAAGUGGUGGAAUUGAAGCUAAACAACUGAGAAGAGCAAACGCUGCGUACGAGCAGUUACUCGAAGGUUUGUCUGGACCUCCUUUGCACGUUUACUACGCCUCAGACGGUGGGAACGCUGCAAACCUGGCCAAAAGGCUAGGGUCUAGAGCUUCUGCUAGAGGAUUAAAGGCUACAGUCCUGUCCAUGGAUGAUAUAGAUUUUGAGACUUUUCAAGACGAGCAAAACGUCGUUUUCGUAACGUCAACUGCUGGUCAGGGUGAAUUCCCACAGGAUGGUAAGGCUUUUUGGGAUCAGCUCAAGGCUUCUUUGGAUUUAGAUUUGGCCACUCUCAAUUUCUCUGUUUUUGGGUUAGGUGAUUCUCUAUACUGGCCUCGCAAAGAAGACAAGCAUUACUACAAUAAACCAAGCGCGGAUCUUUUCAAAAAACUGGAGCUUUUGUCCGCCAAGCCACUAGCUCCGUUAGGUCUGGGUGACGAUCAGGAUGCUGACGGUUACCAAACUGCUUACAGUGAGUGGGAACCAAAAAUAUGGGAGGCGCUUGGCGUGUCUGGUGCCGCUGUCCCAGACGAACCUAAGCCAAUCACCAACGAAGACAUGAAGAUAGGCUCCAAUUUCUUGCGUGGUAACAUCGCAGAGGCUUUAGUUGAUGACUCUACUGGUGCCAUUUCUGCCACUGACCAACAACUGACCAAAUUUCAUGGGAUAUACAUGCAAGAUGAUCGUGAUAUCAGAGAUACUCGGAAGGCUCAAGGUUUAGAGCCUUACUAUAUCUUCAUGAGUAGAGUAAGACUUCCCGGUGGUAAAGCUUCUCCCGAACAAUGGCUUAUUCUUGACAAGUUGUCCGAUAAGACAGGUAACGGUACCAUAAAAAUCACGACCAGAGCUACUUUCCAGCUGCACGGUGUUGUGAAAAAGAAUUUAAAGCACACAAUAAGAGCCAUGAACUCGACCCUCAUGGAUACUGUUGCUGCUUGUGGUGACGUCAACAGAAACGUCAUGGUGUCUGCUCUUCCUGCAAAUGCAAAGGUUCAUAAGCAAGCUUCUGAUAUUGCGGCGAGAAUCUCGGAGUAUCUUCUACCGCAAACAACGGCAUAUCACGAAAUUUGGCUGGAGGGUGCCGAUAAAGAGGACGACGACCCUAACUGGCCUUCUAUUUUUGAAAACAGAAAGGAAGGUCCUACCAAGAAGAAGACCCUGGUCAGCGGCAAUGCUCUCGUUGACGUUGAGCCAUUAUACGGUCCUACUUACUUGCCUAGAAAGUUCAAGAUCAACAUGGCUGUGCCCCCUUUCAAUGAUGUUGAUGUGUGGUCGAUCGACGUUGGUUUGAUCGCCAUUGUCGAUGAAAGCACUCAGACAAUCAAGGGUUUCAACUUGUACGUUGGAGGUGGUAUGGGUUGUACUCAUAACAACAAGAAAACGUAUCCAAGAACCGGUUCUUCUUUGGGUUUCGUAAGCGCAGACGAAGUUCACAUCGCUAUUGAAAACGUAAUGAUUGUUCAAAGAGACAAUGGUGAUCGUGCGAAUCGUAAGCACGCUCGUCUGAAGUAUACUGUUGAUGACUUGGGCGUCGAUGUUUACAGACAGAAAACGGAAGAACUCUGGGGUAAGAAGUUCGGUCCUGAACAACCUUACGAAAUCAAAUCUAACAUCGAUUACUUUGGAUGGGUUAAAGACGAGACGGGGAAGAACCACUUCACAAUUUUCAUCGAAAAUGGUAGAGUGGAGGACACACCCGAUUUGCCUCAAAAAGCUGGUCUUAGAAAGAUUGCACAAUACAUGCAAGAAACGAAGAGCGGUCACUUCCGUUUGACCGGUAAUCAACACGUUGUGAUCAGCGACAUCACCGAUGAGCAUUUGGCUGCGGUCAAAUCUCUCUUGAACAAGUAUAAGCUCGACAACACUAACUUCAGUGGAUUGAGGCUUUCAUCUGCGGCCUGUGUUGCUUUACCUACUUGUGGUCUUGCGAUGGCCGAAUCUGAGCGUUACUUGCCUGUUCUUAUCACGAAGUUGGAAGACAUUUUGGAACAGUACGGGCUGCGUCACGACUCGAUCGUGAUGAGAAUGACCGGUUGUCCAAACGGUUGUUCGCGUCCAUGGUUGGCUGAAAUAGCCUGCAUCGGUAAAGCCCCUGGCACCUACAACUUAAUGCUGGGAGGUGGUUAUCAUGGGCAGAGACUCAACAAAUUGUACAAGGCUUCUAUCAAGGAAGACGAGAUCAUUGCGAUCUUGAAGCCAUUGUUCAAGAACUGGUCUCUACACAGACUUGAUGGUGAGCAUUUUGGUGACUUCCUAAUCAGGACUGAGGUCAUCAAGCCAACAUUGGAAGGUAAGUACUUCCACGAUGACGUUUCUGAGGACGCUUUGUAA